AGCCCAUCCAGGCAGAGAGGGAGACAGAGAAUCAGAAAUGGCCAGGGGCGCACAGCUCGCGGGCGAGUCUCUUUUCUCUGGACUGUAUUUCCUUUUAUAACCGAGAACUUCAUUGGACUCAUUUGUCCUCCCUCUCUCAAUCUCUCUUCCGAAGCUUUUCAAUUGCCGACCCACAUCGAUUGACCCUUUCUGCACUUCAUAAUUGCUUGCAAUCUGAAGCGGAUCUGAGGUUUUCCAAAGGGAAAUACGGUUCUUAGCGCGUUGACCGGUGUGUUUCUCCUGCAACGCUUCGUACGAUUCUUCCAUGGCUGCUCCACCUGCUAGGGCUCGGGCGGAUUACGAUUAUCUCAUAAAGCUCCUUCUGAUUGGCGAUAGCGGCGUCGGCAAGAGUUGCUUGCUUUUACGGUUCUCUGAUGGCUCCUUCACCACUAGUUUCAUUACCACAAUCGGUAUUGAUUUUAAAAUCAGAACAAUUGAGCUAGAUGGCAAACGUAUUAAACUACAAAUCUGGGAUACUGCUGGCCAGGAGCGUUUUAGAACUAUUACUACAGCUUACUAUCGAGGUGCCAUGGGUAUUUUACUCGUCUAUGAUGUAACUGACGAGUCAUCCUUCAACAAUAUUAGGAAUUGGAUCCGAAACAUUGAACAACAUGCCUCUGAUAACGUUAACAAAAUUCUAGUUGGUAAUAAGGCUGACAUGGAUGAAAGCAAAAGGGCUGUACCGACUUCAAAGGGACAAGCUCUUGCAGAUGAAUAUGGCAUCAAGUUCUUUGAAACUAGUGCAAAAACAAAUCUAAACGUGGAGCAAGUUUUCUUUUCAAUUGCCAGAGACAUCAAGCAGAGGCUUGCAGAAUCCGAUAACAAACCUGAGGAACGGACAAUUAAGAUAAACAAACCCGAACAAACUGCAGGUGAAAACAAAGCUCCGGAGAGAUCGGCCUGCUGUGGUUCUUAAGAAGAGGUCAGAGAAGGUGACUUCUGGGUUGGUAUCAAAUAUUAUUUCGAACUAAUUCGAGUCUUAUAUAGGUAGUGAAUGUGAUGAUGAUCUGAUGGAUGAUGUGUAUUUUUAAUACCAUACUAUCAUUCUUUACAACUUUAUUUUUCUCUCGUGUGGAAUGUAGUUAUUUUCUGUGGUGGAGAAGUGUUAUUAUAUUGACCUAUUUGUCCCCUUUAAUCACAGGGCCUCGUGCUCCUUUUCAUUUGGUUGCUUUAUGAUAA